AUGUCGGACAACGGCGAGGUCGAAGUCGAAGUGCCCGUCACGGGUUACACUGUCCUGCCCAAGGAGGUCACCUCCGAGAUUGGCACCAUCAAGCUCUUCAACAAAUGGAGCUACGAGGAUGUUGAGAUCAGAGAUAUUUCUUUGACCGAUUACAUCCAAAUCAGAACCCCCGUCUACCUCCCUCAUUCCGCAGGACGAUAUGCCGCGAAGCGAUUCCGAAAGGCGCAGUGCCCGAUCAUUGAACGCCUGACCAACUCUUUGAUGAUGAACGGUCGCAACAACGGCAAGAAGCUGAUGGCCAUCCGAAUUGUGGCUCACUCUUUCGAAAUUAUUCACAUCAUGACCGACCAGAACCCCAUUCAAGUCGCCGUUGAUGCCAUCGUCAACUGCGGCCCGCGCGAAGACAGCACCAGAAUCGGAAGCGCCGGUACCGUGCGAAGACAGGCCGUCGAUGUGUCUCCUCUCCGCCGUGUCAACCAAGCCAUCGCUCUCCUGACCAUCGGUGCCCGUGAGGCCGCUUUCCGAAACGUCAAGUCCAUCGCCGAAUGCCUCGCUGAGGAGCUGAUCAACGCCGCCAAGGGAAGCAGCAACUCCUACGCCAUCAAGAAGAAGGAUGAGUUGGAGCGUGUGGCCAAGAGCAAUCGGUAA